AAUAUUUUUGAUAAUUUGCUUUUAGUUUUGCGUGUGCUUUCAAUUUAGUUAAUUGCCAAUUGCGAGUGGAGCCCAAGCUCCAUUGCUACUGCCCUCACCAACUGCUGGCGUUAAUCUUGCCGCAAUUUUCUUUUGUUUAUCGCUCUUUAAUUGAGAUUAUGUACAAAUAUCAAAGCUCACCCAGUGAUUCAAUUGAGAAACCAAACGUCGAGAUGAGAUUCCUUAACAAUGGACGUGUUUUCUGGAAUUUGACCAAGAAUUCCAUGAAUUAUCAGUCGGGCAAUGCCAUCGUCAGGCUACUCCCUGCCAGCUAUAGCAACAAAAGCUCCGAUCCUCCAGCCGAACCCAGAGAGAAACAAAAUCUAUUGACCUACCAUGUGUUGCCCCUGAAGGAAACGUUAGAUAAGUUUACGGCAACCGUUGAACCAUUGCUAUCUCCUGCAGAAUUCGAACAGCAAAAGAAAAUCAAUGAGGAAUUUCUUUGUACUGAGGGUGGCAAAUUGCAGAAACUUUUGGAAGCUGUCGGUGCCAAGGAGAAGAACUGGUUAGCCCAUCGUUGGUUAAAUGCCGCCUAUUUGCAAUACCGUGAUCCGGUUACUGUUUAUGUUAGUCCUGGCAUGACAUUCCCCCGCCAAGAAUUCAAAGAUAUUAACGCCUUUUUGGACUAUACAUCCAAAGUGGUAUAUGGUCUGGGUGAAUUCAAUGACAUGGUCAAAUGUGGCAAAAUACCAGUUGUGAAAAUGGGCAAAAACGAACUCGAUAAUAGCCAAUUUGGCAAAGUGUUUGGUACCUGCCGCAUACCUAAACCAGUCACGGAUGAAAUAGUCUACAAUCCACGAUCAGAUUACGUGGUGGUCAUCUAUAAGAAUCAUUUCUACAAACUGAGGAUUUACAACAACCAAGGUCUGCUUUUAUCUGCUGUCUGUUUACGCGAACAAUUGCAAAAUAUUUUGCAAAAGGAAACGAAGCAUGGUGUUCCCUACGGCAUUCUAACCACUGAUAAUCGCGAUAAUUGGGCAACGGCUUAUGAGCAACUUUGCAAACAGUCUGGCAAUAAGGAGUCCUUUGCUACAAUUCAAGGAGCCCUCUUCACUGUCUCCCUGGAUGAGUGCACUAAACUGCCUAAGGGAGAGGAAACAAAUCAAUUAAUUUUAAGUCUGAUUCAUGGCGGUGGCAGCAAAGUAAACAGUGGCAAUCGUUGGAUGGACAAGACCAUACAAUUGGUGGUCAAUCCUAAUGGAAAUGUCGGUUUCACUUAUGAACACUCGCCUGCUGAGGGUCAGCCCAUUGCCAUGAUGAUGGACUAUGUUGUUAAGAAGAUGAAAGAGGAUCCCAAUUUUGGUAAAAUCGGAGCCAGCAAAGUCGAUGAAGAGGCCAAGAAACUUCAACUCUGUGCACCAGAUGAUUCUAUUAACAAAUCGCUAGCUACAGCCACAACGAAUAUUGACAAAUUGGUUGAGAAACUGCAAAUAAAAGUGCUUAAAUUUGAAGGCUAUGGCAAAGGUUUCAUUAAGAAGCAACGUCUGGGUCCAGAUAGUUUUGUUCAAAUGGCACUACAGUUGGCUUUCUACAGAAUGCAUAAUGAACCAGCCGCCCAAUAUGAAUCUGCCCAUUUACGAAUUUUCGAAGGUGGACGCACUGAGACCAUACGCUCUUGCUCCAACGAAUCGUUGAAAUUCUGCAAGACAAUGGUGAAUUCGAGUGCAACUGCACAGGAUAAGGCUGAUGCACUGCGUGCCGCUGUAACUAGCCAUCAGGCUUAUACAAGAUUAGCCCUACAGGGACGUGGAGUAGAUCGCCAUCUGCUGGGCUUAAAAUUAAUGGCUUUGGAAAAUAGUCAACCCAUCCCAAAGUUCUAUUCCUCACCUGGUUUUGUCAAGUCGGCCAGUUUCCGUAUGUCUACCUCACAAGUGGCAACCUUAUACGAUGCCUUCAUGGGUUAUGGUCCAGCUGUUGAUAAUGGUUAUGCCUGUUGUUAUAAUCCACGCGAAAACGAUAUUAUUUUGGCCAUUUCCAAUUGGCGUUUCAGCGUGACGGAUCACUUGAAGUAUGCCCAAACCCUGGAGAGUUCAUUUUGCAUGAUGAAGGAAGUAUUGGAGCAAGCAACGCCACCUCCAGCAGCCCCUGCAAAAUCUAAAUUGUAAAUGCUCUUAUAAAUUUAUUUAUUCCGGUCAUAAUUGUUACACUCAAAAAUUGAUAUUAACUAAUAUGGUUUUUUUUUGACCCCUUUUUAAAAUAUAUAUAUAUGAUGACUUUA